AUGGCCUUCACUGAGUUCGUCGUCCCAACAUUGAAGACAGACCCUGUAACGGAAGCGACAUUCACCACCGAGCUUGCACCCUUUCUCAUUAACAUCCUUAAUACACAUGCCACUCCCCCCAAGUUCAAAUAUUUCGGGAAGAUUCUCUUAGAGAAUGGCAAUGAUGUGUCGGGGGAUUUUAGACUUUGUGUUGGGUCUGAUGCUGAUACUUCGACAGAGUGGGAAGACGCCUCACAUUUCAACAGCUUCGUCGCAUCAGAAAAUUUCCAGACCUUCAAGACCAUGGUGAUGCCUCACUCUCUUGCCCCGCCAGUCCCACAGCUAUAUAACACGGAUUUCGAACCGACUAAGGUGUUUGGCAGUGCGUUGACGGAGGUGUGGCAGGUGCAGAUCGGGGAGGGAGAUGGGAAAGCAGUGGAGUCGAGAGAAGCAUGGGAGAAGUUUAUUAGUGCGGUUGCAGAGGCGGGUGGCAUGAAUGGGAAUGAGAAGAGCAUUCAAGGGACGAGUCUAAAUCUAGAGAAGAGGAGGUGGGUUGGUGUGUUGGGGUGGGAGAGUAGUGAGAUCAGAGAGAAAGUACUAGGGAGUGCGGCGGUGAAGGAAGCGAAGGAGAGCCUUGACGUAUUGGUGUGGAAUACGUUCAUUGUUGCAUUUGCGAAGUAA